CCAUCUCCCAUCGACAGGCCGCUGGGUUCGGGAGGCUGCUGGGUCUUUCUUUUUCCUCAAGUGCAGGCAGAGUCCCCGGGAGCCAUGGCCAGCCCUUCCGGCAGCCCCGAAGACAAGGGCAAGCUCAGAGGCAGGGACGGCCGGCAGAGGCGGGAGGAGGAGGAUGCCCCUCCGGAGGAGAAGAGGUUGAGGCUGGGGCUGGAAGGAGGAAGCGCAGCUCAGGAGGAGGGAGAAGACGCUCUACGCCUGGGCAGGGAAGAGACGGGCACCCAGACAGGUGUCGAAGGCAGAGGUGACUACGACCCUGAAAAUUCAGCCCUCCUCUCCAGUGCCAGGAACAGUCCGCAGGAUUCGGUUUCAGCAAGCCUGGCUGCCAGCAACGCCGAGGAAACUGCUCAAAGACCUCAUGCGAGUGGAACUCACAGCUUCCUGGAUCCGGCUCAGCAUUCAGAUAUCAAAGCAGACUGCAAUACCUGUGCGGAAAUAGAGGACAGAAAGGUUUCAAGGCAGCAGAUGAAUUGUGACAGAGAGCAGCUAAGGGGUAAUCAGGAAGCAGCAGCUGCCCCUGACACAAUGGCUCAGCCUUACGCUUCGGCCCAGUUCGCUCCCCCUCAGAACGGCAUCCCCGCGGAAUACACGGCCCCCCACCCCCACCCGGCGCCAGAGUACCCCGGCCAGACCACCGUCCCCGAGCACACGCUAAACCUGUACCCUCCCGCGCAGUCCCACUCGGAGCAGAGCGCCGCGGACACCAGCGCGCAGACCGUCUCGGGCACCGCCACACAGACAGAUGACGCAGCGCCGACGGAUGGCCAGCCCCAGACACAACCUUCUGAAAAUACAGAAAACAAGUCCCAGCCCAAGCGCCUGCACGUCUCCAACAUCCCCUUCCGCUUCCGCGACCCGGACCUCCGACAAAUGUUUGGCCAAUUUGGUAAAAUCUUAGAUGUUGAAAUUAUUUUUAAUGAGCGAGGCUCCAAGGGAUUUGGUUUCGUAACUUUCGAAAAUAGUGCCGAUGCGGACAGGGCGAGGGAGAAAUUACACGGCACCGUGGUAGAGGGCCGUAAAAUCGAGGUAAAUAAUGCCACAGCACGAGUAAUGACAAACAAAAAGACUGUCAACCCUUAUACAAAUGGCUGGAAAUUGAAUCCAGUUGUGGGUGCCGUCUACAGUCCCGAAUUCUAUGCAGGCACGGUGCUGUUGUGCCAGGCAAACCAGGAGGGAUCUUCCAUGUACAGUGCCCCCAGUUCACUUGUAUAUACUUCCGCAAUGCCCGGCUUUCCGUAUCCAGCCGCCACCGCCGCGGCCGCCUACCGUAACACCUUUCGGGCCGCGGCGCCCCCGCCCCCCAUCCCUGCCUACGGAGGUGUUGUUUACCAGGAUGGAUUUUAUGGUGCAGACAUUUAUGGUGGUUAUGCUGCAUACCGCUACGCCCAGCCUACCCCAGCCACUGCAGCUGCCUACAGUGACAGUUACGGACGAGUUUAUGCUGCCGACCCCUACCACCACACACUUGCUCCAGCCCCCACCUACGGCGUUGGUGCCAUGAAUGCUUUUGCACCCUUGACUGAUGCCAAGACUAGGAGCCAUGCUGAUGAUGUGGGUCUCGUUCUUUCUUCAUUGCAGGCUAGUAUAUACCGAGGGGGAUACAACCGUUUUGCUCCAUACUAAAUGACAAAACCAUAAAAACCUUCCAAUGUGGGGAGAAAGGAAGCUUUCCGAGGCCUGGGUAUUGCAAUACAUGCAGUAGUGCAUCAUUUUAGCAACUCUAAAAACUAAAAAGAGGAAAAAAAAUUACAUUUUUUAUCUUAUACCUCAGAUAUUUUGUUCUGUGUAUUUUACUAUUGUGGGUCUUUAAUUUCUGAAGGUUCCGUAGUUUGGUUGCUGGCUGUAGGAGUUUUGUUUUUUGUUUUCUUUUUUUUUUUUGUGGUUGACCUAGAGAGAUGCUAGCUAUGAAUAAAAACUGGUUUAGGGCCAUAUCCAGAGUGCUUUAUCAUGUAAAUGAAUUAUAUAUGCUGAAUAGUAAGCUACUGGGGUUAUCAGCUGUUCGGGAAGAGUGUAAGUGACUACAGUAGUCAUUUUUUCUGCAUCUGCAUUAUUUUAUUUUAUGAAAGGGGAAAGGUGGGAGGGACUUAGGGGAUUGGGACUGGGGUUCGACUGAAAGAAAAUAAAAAUAGUAACUAAUGAAU